GGGGGCUGCAAACACAGGCGUCAGAUACGAAACCACAGAGUUUAUCGCCGCUUGCGGCUUCAACAAUCUUGCAAAUGGCGUUGGGCCCCAUUCGUGUACUUAUGCUCUAACGAUAGAACUACGUUUGUUGAGCUCAUAUCCGAAAUUUACCGCCGCUAUGCUGUACAAUAGAAAACUCUGUCGAAUUCAGAACUAGACGCCUAAGGGGAGAGAAUUGCAGAAAGCUCCGCUACACAUUGUUCUCACUCAAAACCCAAGGUUACCAUGCAGCAUACAGCUUUCAGUGAGACGGGGGGGGCUGCAAUUUUGUCAUCACUCAGCCCUUCGCAAUCACUGGGCUCAGCGAGUCCAAUCUCGCCUUUCAAAAAGCAAAGGAUUGAUUCCGGCAAAGAAUCUGGUCCGUCGUCUGAGUCAAUCCCCCUGUCUAUUGAGCAACAACUUCCCGAGAUUAUAUUGAGUGUGAGGUUGAAAGAGGAUUUGGCCCCAGACUUGUCUGCCGAUUUCUUUGUCGACUGGCUUUGUAUGAUGCUCAUUAUCGCUGAAUCUGUCAUUGUCGAAGCUAGAUUCGAUAGAGAUGCCGCUAUCAGUCUUGUGGGUAUUAAGAAGGGAAUAUUGAGUAUAAAGGACCCUUCUUAUAGUGAUAAAGAGUGCAAUGAGCUGGUUAAUACUAAGCGUGGACUUAGUGAAGCUAUUAAUGUAUGUAAUAAUCGUAUGCAAUCUAUGGAGCUACAAAUUCAAGGCCGCCGGAACGAUCUUUCGGAAAGUAAUCGCGAGAAGCGUAAACUGCGCCGAGAACGCGAUAACUCUCUACGAAUUAUUGAGGAUUAUGGGAGAAUGAGUUUAAAGGGAAAGUGCAAAACUAAAGGAGGGGCGGAUGAUAAAGGGUUACGAUUGGGUAGACCUGACACUGGAAUCAGAUCUGAGCAAACGGUAGUGGUUCCAGUGAAUCUAGAAAGAAACGACGCACUAACUAGGUUAUCUUACGAAGAAGAACGUAAAGAACCUUGUAUCUCUGAUCCUUUUCCAGAAGACACAUUUGAUAUAAUCAAGGAUCGAGAUGAAAGCCCAGUCGAGCCAGAGAAUCAAAUCCUUCCAAACCAAUCACCGGAAAAUCUUGAUGACAAACAUGGUUUAGAGGAGAAACAGAAACUUCAAGAAUAGGAAUUUUCUCCUCACAAAUGAGCAAGAACCAAGAAAUCUUGGAUUAGUGGACUUAAAACA